AUGAUUUUAGGUUAAAUGAUUUUGAAGGGAAAAAAAAAAAAAAAUCAUCCUCCAAUUUUCAAACCUAAAACCCCUCCAACGUUUUAGCUUUAAAUCCCAUUUCAACUUCCAAGUAGAAGAAAACUUUUACCCAAAAAUGUCGCCAACACCACAACGCCCUUCCGGAUGGACCCUCGACGCAGAACUGGACGAAAUCGACCUAGACCCCUCCGAUUUCACCUCCUCUCUCCCGCUUAAGAAAGUUCCGAACGGCGACGUAUUCGAGGCCUCCCGUGCCGGCGACGUCGACCGCCUUAGGUACUUGCUGGAAUCCGGCGUCAAUGUCAACGCCCGUGACCAGUGGGACUCCGUCGCAUUAUACUACGCUUGUUUGGCCGGCCACCUCGACGCUGCGCGGAUGUUGCUGGAGAGUGGAGCUAUAUGCUCCGAGCAUACUUUUGAUGGGGAUAGAUGUCACUAUGCUGCCUUGAAUUUAAAGGUCAGGAAGCUUUUGAAGGCUUUUGAGGCUAGACCACCGCCUUUGGGACCGUUGCAGGCGGCGCUACGAGAGACUUUCUUGGGUUGUGAGGCCAAUAAGGCCUAUUUGGAGCAGAUUGAGCUAGGUGGUUUUCACGUUUCAGGUGUUUCAUCCAGUGGGAUAUCCAAUUCCAACUGCUUCCGUCCAGAUGUGGUAUUUUUCGUUCAAGGUAGGCCUAUUGAAGCUCACAGAGUCAUAUUAAGUGCUCGGUCACCAUUUUUUAAGAGAAAGUUUGAAACUGAUUGGAGAGACCGAUGUGAAGUGAGAUUUGCAAGGGAAAAGUUGUCUUAUCCCGCGCUUUACAGCCUAAUUCACUUCUUCUAUUCUGACAGACUAGAGAUUGCAGUUGAUGACAUGGAAGAUCUUGUAAGAAUCUGCAAAGUGUGCAAAUGUGAAUCCUUGCAGAGAAUUCUUGAGAAAGAACUGAUUCAUCAAAAAUAUGCAGAGUACAAAGCACUGAGAGAUGUGGACAAUUCGCAGAAGAGGUUUAUCUUACAGGGCUCAUCACUUCCUGAGGAAGACCGUCUUCCUGCUGCCUUGCAUCAUAUCCUUCGUACUUCCCUGGCAAAAUCCACUUUGGGACAAAAUUUGGAUGGCAGUGUUGAUAGGUUAAUAUAUUCCAUUGGUGCAGUGCAGAUAAGUGAUUCUGUAAAUGAUCUUGCUGAUGUUUGUAUAAGAGUGGAUAAGAAGAUUUUUCGCUGCCAUCAAGUGCUUUUAGCAUCAAGGUCGGAGUACUUUAGAGCAAGAUUGUCCCGGAUGAAGGAUUUUUAUGAAGGGAAGGAUGGAUUGCCUGUUGAUUCUCUUCCAUGUCUUGAAGAACAUGAUUUGAGCAUGGAGACAUUGGAGAAAAUGCUGGAGUAUAUGUAUACUGAUAGUUUGAAGGAUAUUGACCCAGAUCAGGCAGAGGAAAUGUUUGAUGCUGCUUCGAGAUAUCUUUUGUUUUCUCUUAAGCGUGCUGUAGCUGAUGUACUUUUGCCACAUCUAGAAACGGUUUCACAUGCAGAACUGUGCCAUUGGCUUAUAUUGUCAGAUAUGUAUGGCGUCUUGAAAAUCCGAGAGUACUGUCUAGAUACAAUGGCUUGUAACUUUGAGACAUUUGCUGAUAAUCGAGAGUUCCGAGCAAUGCUUCUGACACUGCCUCCACCAUCUGGAGAUUCUUCACUUCGCACCACAGUCCCAAAUGCUCCAGGAGCAAUUCUAAAUACAGACCAAGGAAAUCUUCUGGAUGAUUUGCGAGAGAAAUGGCUUGAAGCUGAAGCUGCUGAGCUUGAUAAGAGAGAUGAGAGUGCAUUACUUUUUGACAAGCGCCUUGAGAUGCUGAUGCUUGUGGCUGAGAAAGAAAAAUCUAAUGAACCAACUGAUUAUAUGGAACACUGUUCUGGUUGAUUUUUGUAUUUGUUUUUCCUUAACCUCACACAAAUUAAGAUGGGAAUGUAAAAGGGGAAAAAAAAUGAAAAAGAAAGGAGAAUUGUUCAGACAUUUUUUUAAGUUGGAUCUAUAAAUAAAUGUUGUACGAGUUAUAUAAGUUUGUAACUAAAGACAGACCAGAAAAAGGCCAGGUGAGUUGAGUGUUUGUAAUUUUUGCUGCUCAAACACCUGUGGCUUUGGAUUUUUUUUUUUUUCAUUUCUUUUUAUUGAAAAAUGCAUUCUGUUACUAACAAAAGCCUCA